AUGAAUAAAAAAGGAGAAAUACCAUAAUCAAUUGAUAACAGGAUUAUUUUACAAAGAGUAAAAUCAAUAAAGGAAUAAACAAAUAAAAAAAAGAAAGUAAGUUUAUUAGAAACAGUUCAUAAUCCAAAUGCUUCACAAUACAAAAGAUUUACAGAACAGCUUUACAAUUUAAUUCAUAAUCUUCAUUAAUUAAAAGUAUAACUUAUUAAGAUCUUAGGAUUAUUUGAAUAAUUCUAGAAAGCUUUUUUAAGUAGUAAAAAGUUUGAUUGGUAUCAAAAAGAACAUGUAUAGAAUUUUAAUCAAACCUUAAACAGAGGAGCUGCAUGAUUUUUCUGAAAUAUCUCGAUUAUGUUGCGUAAAAGAUGUUUUAUUUGUAAAUGGAGAAUAAAGAGUGAUAGAGAAAUUUGAUUUAUCUUUAAUGGAAGAUCUAAUCUAUAUAACUGAUUCAAUUAAACAAUUGUUAUUACAGAAUCAAAUGAAAGCCAUAAACAGAAUGAGUGAUAAUGUAUUUGCUAUCAAAAUAUAUAAGAUUAGAAUUGAAUAAUAUGAAAUCAGAAAAUUAAAAGGAUAACUAGGCAUUAGAGAAUCAAAUCACUCAUUAUCAAUUGAAUCGUUGGCAAUGAAGAAAUUUUAACCACAUUUAGAAUUAAAAUAUAUUGAACAGAAAUUAGG